UCCUCGGGGGAACAUGACUCGACACAACACCAGGAAACAGUUCCGUUCUUGUAAGAAGUCCGUAGAAAAACAAGAAACUCGCCAUUACGAAAUUGAACCCUUCAAAUAUUACACUGAGUUGCAUUAGUUUCCAGCUUAACCGUGACGAUGUACGCACGGUGCAGAGAAAACUAGGACCCGACGAUGUUUCCACUUGUAACUCUCUCAUCCUGCAGUCAUUCUCGUUAUUUAUCGGCCCUGCGGGUCAGUGAGAGGUGUCAAAUAACGCAAACAUGGCUGAGCAGCCAGCAGCGAGAGGACCUUCAUCCGCCAGCCCACCUGGGUUUGAAGGUUUUCCCUUCCCAGGAGCCAGCAUAUCUCAGCAGGACAGCUCCGGGAAAGAACAUGAGCAAACCGGGGAAUCCAAAAAGAAGCCGUGCAGAGCCUGUACGGACUUUAAGUCCUGGAUGAAGCUGCAGAAGCAGCAGACCACAGCAGCAGCUGCACAGGAGAAGCAUGCUCCAGAAACAGAGCAGUUGGACCCUCAGUGUCCACUGGACCGAGAGGAGUUGGGACGAAGCACUUGGUCGUUUCUGCACACCAUGGCAGCGUAUUAUCCCAAUCAUCCAUCUUCCACCCAGCAACAAGACAUGGGACAGUUAAUCAACCUUUUCUCCAAGUUCUACCCCUGUGAAGAAUGUGCAGAAGAUCUCCGGGGCAGACUGAAGACCAAUAACCCGGAUACCAGCAGCCGCCACGCUCUCUCCCAGUGGUUCUGCCGUCUUCAUAACGAAGUCAACGUCCGGCUGGGGAAGCCCGAGUUCGACUGCUCGCUUGUGGAUGAGAGAUGGAAAGAUGGCUGGAAGGAUGGCUCCUGUGACUGAGAAAAGAUUCCUUCAGAAGAAGCAAACUCACUGUUUUCCUUGUCUUGUAAGGCUGCUAAUAUGCAGAAGAGUGAAUGAUCUAUUCCAUACUUACAUACCAUUUUUUUUUAUUAGUUUGUGUAACAAGUGUAAUUAUAAAAUAAAAGCUCUGAAAAACA